AUGUGGAUAAAAGAGACCACCAAAGCAGUUGUUAUAGGCGUAGGCGAAAGUAACUAUGUAACAUUAGAUGCUGUUGCAGGGGCGUUGGAGAUGACGGGCACAGACAAUAUCCGCUUUAGCGGGCACACCAUAGACAAGGCUACUAAAGCCAAAGUCACCCUUGAGAACUUCUAUACGAAUCUCAUUACACAGCACUAUGAGAGAAAGCAAAGGCUGGAGAAGCUGGAGGAAUCGCUCAAAGAUGAAAGCCUAACAGAGAGUCAAAAACAGGAGAAGCGUCAACAACAUGCUCAAAAGGAAACCGAGUUUCUUAGGCUCAAACGGUCGCGGCUUGGUGUCGAAGAUUUUGAGCCGUUGAAGGUGAUCGGCAGAGGUGCGUUUGGUGAAGUGCGUUUAGUUCAGAAGAAAGAUACGGGCCACAUAUAUGCUAUGAAAAUACUCAGAAAGGCAGACAUGCUUGAGAAAGAACAAGUUGCCCACGUACGAGCGGAAAGGGAUAUUCUAGUGGAAGCAGACCACCAGUGGGUGGUAAAGAUGUACUACAGUUUCCAAGACCCCAUGAACCUUUAUCUCAUCAUGGAGUUCCUGCCAGGUGGUGAUAUGAUGACGCUUCUAAUGAAGAAAGACACCCUUAGUGAAGAAUGCGCCCAAUUCUAUGUAGCGGAGACUGCGCUCGCUAUCGAUAGUAUACAUAAACUUGGAUUUAUCCAUAGAGAUAUAAAACCCGACAAUCUGCUACUGGACGCGCGUGGGCACAUCAAACUCAGUGACUUUGGUCUCUGUACCGGCCUCAAGAAGAGUCACCGUACCGAUUUCUACCGGGACCUUAGUCGAGCGACACCUUCUGAUUUCAUAACGACUUCAUCGUCGGCAAUGGAUUCGAAGCGACGAGCCGAGUCUUGGAAGAGAAAUCGGCGCGCCCUCGCCUACUCUACCGUGGGGACACCUGAUUACAUCGCACCCGAGGUCUUUCUGCAAACUGGAUAUGGUCCACAGGCUGAUUGGUGGAGCUUGGGAGUCAUUAUGUAUGAGAUGUUGAUCGGAUAUCCGCCAUUUUGUUCGGAAUCGCCGCAAGAAACGUAUCGUAAAGUGAUGUCUUGGCGCGAAUCUCUCACGUUUCCACCAGAGAUACCUAUCAGCGAGGAAGCCAGAGAGACUAUUCUUCGCUUCUGUUCUGAACCUGAUCGCAGACUGGGUUCCCAACGGGGCAUUGAAGACGUGAAAUCCGUGUCUUUCUUCCGAGGCGUGGACUGGAACCAUGUACGCGAGCGCCCCGCCGCUAUCACCGUCGACGUGCGCUCCAUCGACGACACCUCGAACUUUGAUGACUUCCCAGAUGUGAAGCUCGAAAUUCCCUCAGCGCCGAUCACUCAGGACGGCGAAGUAGCGUAUAAAGAUUGGGUGUUCAUUAACUACACGUUUAAGAGGUUCGAAGGACUCACUCAAAGGGGUACUCCCACAAAGAAGUGA